CGCGUAGCGAAGCAAUGGGAAUAGUAUACCUUCAAAAGGCGAAAAAUGCUAAGAGAAUUUAUGCUAUAUGUCCGCAUAUAAAAUUAAACAACGACGGUUAUAAAGAAGAAGGAAUAACACAUCCAUCCUUGCUAAUGCAAAAUACUUUACUAAAGGAAUAUUACAAUGAAUGCGGAAUACCGACAUCUUGCUUGGAUUAUUUUGAAACACAUGGUACCGGUACCAAAGUUGGUGAUCCACAGGAAGUCACUGCUAUUUAUAACAAUUUGGGUAAAAAUAGAGAAACUCCAUUAAUGAUCGGCUCCGUAAAAUCCAAUCUUGGUCAUGGUGAACCUGCGAGUGCUUUUAUUCAAAUCGCUAAGUUCAGCAGAUAAAAUUCAACUGGCAACUCUCGAUAAACAGCAAGC